AUGCUUAUUGUUCCGUCCAAUUCAAGCUACACUUAUCAGAACCUGCUGGAUUUGAACAAUGUGGAGCGGUCCACGGAGUCGCCGCUCAGCGUGAUUGGCCACAUCGACAUCAACGCCUACUUCGCCCAGUACGAGCAGAUCAGGCUGGGCUUGACGCCGCAGGACCCCGUCGUUUGUCUGCAGUGGAACUCUUUAAUUGCCGUGUCGUAUGCUGCUCGCGAGUACGGCAUAAGUCGCAUGGACUCGCUCCAGACAGCGAAAAUGAAGUGUCCCGAUGUAGUGGCGGCCCACACAGCCGUUUUCAAGAAAGGAGAAGACGUCUGGAAGUAUGUGGACUAUUUGCCGGAGCCGGUCGACCAUAAAGUUUCUUUGGAGCCGUACAGACGCGAGAGCCGCAAGAUGAUGCGGUUUUUCAAGGGGUUUUGCGAUUCUGUGGAGAAGGCAAGUGUGGACGAGUGUUUUCUGGAUCUCGGGCGGAUGGUGUACCGCAAAAUGAUGGAGUUAUUCCCGCAGCUGCGAGAAGUCCCAGAAAACCCCAGGGACACGAUGCUGCCCCCGAUUCCAGACAAGCUGCCGCCCGAGCUCGAGGAGACACACGGGAUUUUCAUUCCAGUCGAAAACGACGCUGUCAUUGUGAGCGACUGGGACGACAUAGCGAUGAUGAUUGGCUCGUUGCUGGGGUAUGAGCUGCGGCGCAAACUCAAGAAGGAGAUGGGCUAUACCACGUCUUUUGGCGUUGGCCGGGUCAAGACGGUGGCGAAGCUGGCGAGCGAUUUCAAAAAGCCCAAUGAGCAGACCACGGUGUUCAACAGGGCGAUCGAUAACUUUUUCGAUAACUUUAGUCUCACGGAUUUCUGGUCCAUGGGAGGCAAGAUCGGCCGUCAGAUUUUGGAGACGCUGGAAGUUGACUCUGGCAGCCGCGAGGUGCGUUAUAUCAAGGAUAACUUCAGCUUGGCAGAUCUCACGCGCGAACUCAAGGAUCCUCAGCUGGCUGAGAGACUGUACAAGAUGGUGCGUGGCGAGAUGCGCCAGCCGAUCAAGCAGCGCACGGACGUCAAGUCCAUGGGCUCGCACAAGAACUUCCGCGGUAAUUCCGUGAGCAAGCCGGAGGAUAUACUGGACUGGUUCAAAGUAUUUAUCGUGGACCUGACUUUGCGGUUGCAGGAGCUGGACGAGGAAAGCGACGCGAAACGACGUCCUACCAAAUUGACCCUUUACAUGCGCAACCGGGCCAACGUGACGUGCUCGCGACAGUGCACGUUUCCGAUCAUCCGCGAUCUGGACGAGAUCCGCCGCAAGUGCCACGAGCUGAGUCUGAAGUUAUUGAAGGAGCUGGAGGAUAUAUGGGACGCCCAGCGCCACGGGCCCAUGUUUCCGAGCACGCACGGAGGACUGGCGCUGAGCGGGUUCCAGGAACUCAGCGGGUACUCGCGGAUAGACGAAAUGAUCAGAAGUGCUCCGAGGAGGGAGCAGGAGGAAGAAAAGCAGGAGCGCCAAGAAAAGACGGAAAAUCUUCCUACAGACGAGAAUUUUCUCUGUCCGCAGUGCGGGCGCGAGAUGCCAGCGAGCGAGCGGACAGAGCACGAGGACUACCACUAUGCCAAGACGCUGGACAGCACGCUGAACACGCAGAGUUAUGGCGAGCGGCUGCUCCACGGGCGGGAGAAGCGCGGCGGCAGUGGCGAUGUCGGCAGGCCGACGAAGCAGGCCAAGCAGACCAAGUCUGCCAAGCAUGACGCGCGACAAGCUACACUUUUCGGUUGGAGCAAAAAAAGUUCAUAG